AUGCGUGGCGUGUUCCUGACCAAGUCGGCGUGGCACGUGGUGAACCGGGAGACCACCCCCACCUUCGCCAAUCCUCGCGCCAGUGACGACUACAUCAAGACGAACAACAUUGCGUUCGGCUUGAUGCUGCUGCACAUGAGCGCGGAUUAUCAUCACGUGGUUGAUGACUGUGAAGAGGCGUGGGUCGCGUGGGCGCGUUUGAAGACGCUGUACGGCGGGUCGCAGAAGGCUGGACGCAUCUACUUGAAGCGCCAGCUGUUCAGCAUGGAGAUGGCGGAAGGCGGCAAUGUGAUGCAUCAUUGCAACGAAGUCCUCAACAUCAGCGCGAAGCUCAGCAGCAUCGGCGCCAAGAUGGAGGACGAGGACGUGGCGAUCUGCUUGUUGCGCAGCCUCCCCAAGAGCUACGAGAACGUCGUUCUCAACUUGGAGAUGAGCAGCGCGGAACUGCGAUCGCGAGACGUCGUGAGAGUGCUCACGAAUGAGCACAUCAAGAGACAAGGUGACAAGACGACAUCGGUGAAGACUGAAGACGCGGCGAAGGCGUUCAGUGCCAAGCGUGAACCUCGCCAGUGUACAUACUGCGGAAAAUUGGGGCACACGGCGGAGCGGUGCUGGACCAAGCAGAAGGACGAAAAUCAAGGUGGAGCUCGACGCGGCGGCAACAAUGCUCGUGGACGCGGAGCCAACAACGUUCAGUGGCGAACCAACAGCAACUACGAUGACAACUACGAUCGAGUUGCGUUCGCGGUUUCGCUGGAGGCUGGACUUUCGACGGGCAAGAAUAUGCCAGGGAUGUGGGCAGUCGACAGCGGUGCGACGCAUCACAUCUGCAACGACAAGGCCAAGUUUGCAAGCCUGAAUGAGCGAGAGGAAGGCGAACUAUCAGUGGCUGAUGGCAGCAAGGCUGCGAUCAAGGGUGUGGGAACCAUCAUGGAACGGGUGGUUCUGCCCAAUGGUGACGAACUCGACAUCGAGAUCAAGGACGCACUGUUCGUACCAAGUAUGAGCAAGAAUCUGCUUUCGGUGCCACAGAUCAACAAGGGUGGCAGGUUCCAAGUCGUGUUCGAUGGAUCCAAGAUGCAAGUGAAGCGCAAGAAUUCCACACAAGUCGUGGCAACAGCGGAUCUCGUCGAUGGACUUUACUGGCUGCGGACUCCUCAACGAUCGGCAAAUGCAGCAACACGCAAUGGGACCAUCGACUUGCAUGCGCGCAUGGGUCAUGCACCCCUCGAAGUUCUGCGCAAGAUGGUGGCCACUGGCAUGAUCAAGGACGCCAAGGCACCUCUCAACUCGACUGGUCCAAGUGUGUGUCGCGGUUGCCAGCAAGGAAAGAUGUUGCUGCACUUCGACAUCUGCGGGCCAAUGGAACAAGUUUCGAUCGGCGGCAGCAGAUACUUACUGCUUGUGGUUGACGAAGCCAGCGGUUGCAUGAAGGGCUUCUGUCUGCGGUCCAAGUCUGAGAGUGAAGACUGUAUCAAGAACCACAUUAUCAAGAUUCAAACUCAGUUCGGCACGAAGAUCAAGUUUGUUCGGCACGAUGGAGCGCAUGAGUUUGCGACCAACUCCAUCAAGACCUUCUACGAAGAUCAUGGUAUUGAACAACAGAUCACGGUGCCGUAUGCACACCAGACCAACGGCACCGCAGAACGCGCGAUAAGGACCAUCGUCACGAUCGGACGCAGCUUGUUGCAUCAUGCAAAGCUGGAGAAGUGUUUCUGGGCUGAAGCGGCAAUGACGGCGAUCUACAUCAAGAACCGCCUGCCUUCACCCAAGAUCGACCACAAGACUCCGUUCGAGAUCGUGUACAAGUCGAAACCAAGUGUCAAGCACAUGCGCGUGUUUGGAUGUCGGGCGUUUAUCCUGACACCAAGGGAGAAGCGAUUGAAGUGGGACCCGAAGGCUUGUGAAGGGAUGUUCAUGGGCUACGAAGAAGCGUCAAAAGCUUAUCGAGUGUACGACAUUGAGGCGGGCCAAGUGGUGAUCAGUCGUGACAUCACCUUCGACGAAUCGACUUUUGACUUUUCGAUGGACCGACCAAGUGACGAUGAUGAAGAUGCGGAGUUGGACCUCGACCUCCUGGCGAUCAACGAGGACGACGUGCGUCAAACCGUCUACAAGCAGACUGGCAAGCGCAAGAGUGAAGCAAGACCCGGCAUGUCACGGUCAGCUCGCCCUCGAACUGGGUUGGAACAAGCAAGUGCGCCGGAACACGUCUCCAACCGUCACCAGAAACGACGAUCAAGUGCUCCAGAAACGAUGUCUGAUGACGAAGAAGAUGCAAGCGUGUACGAUCAAGAUGACGACUCGACGCCUCCAACAUUUUGGCGUGCAAGUGCAAACGCAGUGGAAGCAACGGACCUAGCAGAACCUGUGACUUUUCAAGACGCGAUCAAUGGUCCUGAUCAAACUCACUGGCGAAAUGCUGUGAAGGCGGAACUCAAGUCGAUGCAUCUUCGUGGAGUUUUCCGUGCGGCAAAACUGCCAAGAGGCCAAGGCGCGAUCGGCACCAAGUGGGUGUUCAAGAUCAAGCGCAAAGCGGAUGGAUCGGUCGAGAAAUACAAGGCGCGUCUCGUUGCCAAGGGCUUCAAGCAGAAGUACGGCAUCGACUACACAGAGACGUUCUCGCCCGUGGUCAAGUACGUGACACUGCGUAUGGUGAUCGCGAUCACCAAGUAUUUCGACUGGCCACUGGACCAACUCGAUGUGGUGACAGCCUUUCUCUACGGAGUGAUGAAGGAGAAGGUGUACUGCGUGAUACCAGAAGGCGUCGAGAUGGAUGGCGACUUCGACUGUCUCGAGUUGGUGAAGGCGAUCUACGGUCUCAAGCAAGCUUCACGUGUGUGGAACGAGACUUUCGACGAGUUCGUAUGCUCCAUCGGUUUCGAAGCGUCGGCGUUCGACCCAUGUCUCUACAUCAAGGUUGUCGACGGUCACUGUGUGCUCGUGCUGGUCUACGUGGAUGACGUGUUGGUCACCGGCAGCUCGCUCGAGUUGAUUGCGCAGACGAAGGCCGACCUCAAGACGCGUUUCGAGAUGACCGACAGUGGCAAGUGUACUUUUGUACUGGGCAUCGAACUGGUGGACGAAUCGGAUGGCAGCGUGACAAUGUGCCAGCGACGGUAUGUCAACGACAUCCUCAAGCGCUUCGGCAUGGAUGAGUGCAAGGCCACAGCAAGUCCGGUCGACUUGAGCACUCGGCUUGUCGCAAGCACCGAAGCGGCCAAGAUCGACGUUCCGUUUCGUGAAGCUGUGGGAGCUUUGAUGCACUUGACGACUGCGACGCGCCCGGACAUUGCGUAUGCUGUGGGGUACGUCUCGCGCUUCAUGGAGAAUCCGCAGCAAGAACAUUGGACGGCGGUGAAGCGCAUCUUUCGUUACUUGCAAGGGACCAAGUCGCACGGACUCCGCUUCCAGCCAAGCGACAAGAUCGACUUUCGUGGCUACUCGGACGCGGACUGGGCCGGCGACCACGCUGAUCGCAAGUCGACUUCGGGUUACACUUUCAUGCUGAUGGGUGCUCCUGUGAGUUGGGGAAGCAAGAAGCAGUCAAGUGUGUCGCUGUCGACGAGUGAAGCGGAAUACAUCGCACUGAGUCUGGCCAUCCAGGAAGGCAAGUGGGUGCAUCGCCUGCUAUGCGAGAUUUUGGCGGCCGCAAACGAACCAGGACCGGACCUCGUCAUCCGUGAAGACAACCAGUCGUGCAUCAAGAUGACGAAGAAUCCGGUGAAUCAUGGCCGCGCCAAGCACAUCGACAUCAAGUACCAUCACAUCCGUGAUGAGGUCAAGCGCGGGGAAGUGCAGCUCGAGUAUUGCGAGACUUCCGUGAUGAUGGCGGACAUCAUGACCAAGGGACUUUCGGGACCUCGUCACAAGGACUUGACGACGGCUCUCGGCAUUCGUGCGAGUUCGGAUUGA